CCAAUCCAGACGCAGGAGAGUGAAGCCCCUCUGCACCUGGGCUCAGGUGCCCUCCUUGGCGUCUCCGGGUGCAGGGCGCGCGGGAUGGAGCGGGCCAAGGAGGCUGCACCCGAAAGUCAAGCUGGGGCCGAACUCCCAAUGGAGCCCAUGGGAAGCCUGCUUCCCGGGCUGGAGCAGCCGCAGGUCCCCGCGGAGACGCGACAACCUGAGGGUCCCGAAAGCAGCCCGACUCCGGCCCGGACAGUGGAGGAGGCGGCGGCCGCGGACCCGGAGCCCUCGAGCGAGAAACAGCUGCCCUUGCCUCGCCCCAGGCCCCUGCGCUUGCCGCCGCUCAGCCGGGGCUACGGCGCCUUCGGUCGCCUGGGGUCUGCCUACCCCGAGCCGCCGUCGCCGGGCCCCUCCUCUGCUGAGCCGCCCCGGAAUAGCGAGGCGCCCGGGGCUGAGCCUGCGCCCGGAGCCUGGGCGCCCAUAGAGCUGCAGGUGGACGUGCUCGUGAAGCCCGUGGGCGCGGCCGGCAGCAGCCGCACGCCCUCGCCCCGGCCCUCCACGCGCUUCCUCACGGUGCCGGUGCCCGAGUCCCCCGCAUUCUCCCGCAGCGCGGCCCUCGCGCACCAGCUCUUGCAGCGCGCACCGUCCCCUGGCGGCACGUGGAGCCGCGGUUCGCCACUGGCUGCAGCCCGGACGGAGAGCGGCUGCGACGCCGAGGGCCGGGCCAGCCCCGCCGAGGGAAGCGCCGGCUCCCCGAGCUCCGCGACGUGCUGCCGCUGCAAGGAGCUGGGGCUGGAGAAGGAGGGUGCGGCGCUGCUGCCCUGCGCGGGGUUGGACCGCGACAAGAAGCUGCCCCGGGCCGUAACGCACUUGGGGCUGUCUGUGUACAUGAAGUCCCUGCGCUGGGCCCUGGCGGUCAUGGCUGUGCUCCUGGCCGUCUCUGGGGUUGUCAUUGUGGUCCUGGCCUCAAGAGCAGGAACCAGAUGCCAGCCGUGCCCCCCAGGCUGGGUGUUGUCCGAGGAGCACUGCUACUACCUCUCUGUAGAAGCGCAGGCCUGGGAAGCCAGCCAGGCUUUCUGCUCAGCCUACCACGCUACCCUCCCCCUGCUGAGCCAUACCCAGGACCUUCUGAGCAGAUACCCAGUCUCCAAGCACUCCUGGGUGGGGGUCCGGCGAGGCCCCCAAGGCUGGCACUGGAUCGAUGGGGUCCCCCUGCCAUCCCAGCUACUCCCCGAGGAUGGAGAGAACAAUCUGGAUAUCAACUGCGGGGCCCUGGAGGAAGGCACGCUGGUCGCUGCAAACUGCAGCGCUCCAAGACCCUGGGUCUGUGCCAAAUGGACCCAGUGAUCUGGGCUCUGCCUGUCCUCAGCCUGCCAGGCGGAUGCAGCACCCCAACACGGGAGGUCAGUUGAGAGCUGGGCAGCCUCUGCCUGGACCCGGGCUCUGGGUCUCCCUGAUCUGCUCAAGCAGGCCCACAUGAGCGAGCCUAGGAGCUGGACUUCAACCCAGGAAGAUGCAUCUGAGGGAAAGGAGAUUUUCUGUGGCUCAGGCCUGAGUGCCAAUAUUAGUUUCCACUUCUGUGGCGGAUUGGUUUGAUGACAUCGGACAGUUGUUUAACAUUUCUGAGUCCUGGUUUCAUUCAAAUGACAAUUUCUCCCUAGAGGAAAAAGACAGGGUUGACAACCACAGCUGACUCCAAUUAGGUUCUCAUUCCGGCUCUUGGAAAUGAGUCCCAUUGUUCAGUGGCAAUGGGACCUGGCAGGGAUACAUCAUGGCUGUGCAUUCUAUUUCAGGCAGCCGGGUGUACGUCCGACACAGCCUACCCGCAGCCUCUGUGGAAAAUAACCGAGCAAAAGGAGCGGUCAGCCCCUGGAGGAGGGGAGAGUGAGGUUUCCCUCCCUGCCCUGAGAGUUGGCAAAGGGUUGGCAGACAGAAAGAUUCCGGGUGGAGAUCCCACAUGUGGGCUGGCCUGCCCCUGACAAGCUGAUGCCUAAAGGCAAGACAAGGCAGAGAGGACAGGGCCACCUAGCAGGAGAAGCCAGGAGAGCACCCCAGCUUGGUAGGCCGAAGCUGAGGAGUCCGAGCGAGGAAGGACUCAGAGAAAUGCCAGCAGGUUCCAGGCAGCUCUUCCACCCACAGCUGCAGACACAACAAGCCUGGGGAUGUCUCUGUGCUGGGGUGUGGUGAGGACCUUCAGCCUAGAGGAAGUGGCUGACAGGGUUGUAUAGUCCCUUAAGUCCAGCUAGACCUCCAAGCAUCAGGAGCCUGGGCCUGCAUCUCAGCUUGGUGGUGAGCAGGUACUCACCUGGCCAGUGCAAGCCAGCCUUCCCUCUAAAGUCAGACCACGCACCCAGAUCCCUCCCAAACAGAAAUCUUUAUUGGUGCAUUUGAAUCAGUAACUUGUAUGGGCCAUCUGGGAGAAUGGGAUGGAGAGACCUAGAUGGGAGAAAUUUCUCACACUCAUGAGACAUAACAAAAAGGGAAAUGGAACUGUCCUGGCUGGAUGUGAAAUGCAUGGCUCAACUGAGGCAGGUGCCAAUCAAGAUACAGCCCACGUGGGCAGGAAGCUGUGUAUGUGACCGCCCCCAGCCCUGCCAUGUGUUCCCAGGGUCUGUGUCCAGAGAAAUGACACAUCUGUAGGUCAUGAGUAUACAGAACCUUAUCUAGCCUUCUCAGUACCUUCCAGAGAAGGGAAGUUCGGUACUCAGUCACCCGGCUGUGGCUGAUUGGUUUCAUGACAUUGGGGUGGCGGUUUAGCAUUUCUGAGCCUUGGUUUUAUUAAAACGACAAUUUCUCCUUAGAGGAAAAAGACAGGUUAACAACCACAGCUGAUUCCAAUCUGGGUUCUUAUUCUGGCUCACAGAACGUUUAUGCCGUGUCCCGCUCUAGCCCUUGCUCCCUGCUCUCCCAUUUCUAGUGCAGCACUGGCAGAGCAGAAAUAUUGAGUUAAAGACCGCAACAUCCAAAACAAUUAACUUUUGGAACUCUCCCGUCCCAGAAGGUAUAGCUAAAAAAGUAAUCAUAAAAAUAAAA